AUGGAAUCCGCAUGGGCGGAGGCGGAGGAAGAGGCGGAAACGGUUCUUGCGGCGGCCGCCGCUGCUGCCGCUCUUCCAUGCGAUUUGUCUGAAUCCUCGCCAUCUCGUUCGCACAGCAAACCAACGAGCCUCUUUGGCUUGAAGGCGCCGUCGUUCCCGCUAACGAAGCCAUCUAGAAUCACACGCACCAGCAGCGGAAUUGCCGGGGCGAGCGGCGGAGUAUCUCCUGACGGAGUGACGCGCACGUGGUCGAUCUCCUCGCUGCCGUCGAUUUGGCGCAAGUCGCCACGCGGCUCGCCGCCGAAGGGUGCCACUGCAAGUUCGGAUAUGACAGGUCAUGAUGAGGUUAGCCCUGUUGCUCUCGCCGGCAGCGUCGAGCACCAAUCAUCGUGUCGCAGUGUGAGAAGAACAGAUCGUGAGGCAUUCGCGCGAGACGACGAGGCGGCUACGCAGUCCUGCUUGCGUCAAUCGCGGCAGUCGCAGCAGCGCAGAGUACGGCGGCUUUUGCGGAGCCUGACAUCGGACGGCGCUCUGUUGGCGGGCUUCGACGCGGACGAGCCGCCGCCGCCGAACAAGGAACAAACCAUGGCGGCGAGACGCGCUCCCGAGGCGAAACCGGCGGAAAAGGCAGAUCCAAUUCGAAAUCAGCAUCGCGGCGGCUUCCGUGCGCUCGUGCGCACAGCGUCUGCGCCUGUCGCCGCCCGCGCGCCGUCUUCCCUUCCCCGCAUAGCAGGCCGUGAUGAGCGGCGCGAAAUGGACGGAUAUACGGACGAGGCGGAGAGACAGAGUGCUUCAAGGCGAAGCUGUGUGGUGGCGCCGGUGGUGGAAGAGGAGGAGGAGGCGGAGGACAACGACGAGAUUCCAGUGGCGGUCGCAGCGGCAGCAACCGCGGGCAACGGCAGCUGCGAAUCGCGACACGAUCGAGGAGCGAAGGACGGCGGCUGUCUGCCGCACGCAUGGGCGCACAUGCACGCGCGCCCCGCCUUCAUGCACGCCGCACACGGCCCGUGCCGGCAGCGGCAAUCGCCUCCCUCGUUACAGUCACCGCCUGUUGAGUCACAUGCACCGCAGCAGCGGCAGGCGUCGUUGCAGCCUCGGCGGCAGCAGCAGCGGGCCCGAUCCCGCCUCCCUCCCUCUCCUUCCCCGUCGCAAUCACCCUCGCCCUCCUCAUCCACUGCCGUGCCUGCGUCGUCACCUCACCUGCCUCGCCCAACAGCCCCGCCAGCACCGCAGCGCGGCAGCCAAUCCAUGGCGCAGCGCGCUUCUGCCUCGCAUCCCCUUCACGCAUCCCUCACCCUUCACCACGCGCAGCCCCGCGUGCUCAUCCCCUGCCUUGCCUCCUCUCCCUGCGCCCACUCCCCAUCCCCCACACCCCCCACGCCCCCCACUCCCCUAACGCCCCUCACCCCUGGCACGCCCUUCACGCCCCCCUGCCUGCAGUCCUCGUCCCCCUCCUCCACCCGCAGCCACCAGGCUCGGCGCGUCGCCUUCAGUCCCGUGGUUCGGGUCCGAACCUACUCGCUCUCGGACCAUGACUGGCCGGGGCCCCUUUCCCCUGCCUGUCACGCUGCUGUCUCCCCCGCUGGUGGGGAUGGCCCAGGAAUGGAUACGUGCUAA